AUGGGUCGUAGAAGAAUCGAAAUCAAGAAGAUAGCAAAGGAAAGCGCCAGGAGGACGACCUUUAAGAAGAGGAAAGAAGGCCUUUUCAAGAAGGCGUAUGAGCUGUCCGUUCUCACAGGCUGUAGGGUAUCUCUGUCCAUCGUCGAAAGCGAGAAAGGCACGGAAUUCGUUUUCGAUCCGGCAGAGCCACAGCCGUCCAAGGACACAAUAACAGUCGCCAAAUCCAUAAAUGAGAGCCAAGAGCCUAUUUUGCCGGUGGAAGAAGUGAUUUCGACAGCUUUGACACCACCGGAAGCAAGCUCAACAAUUACGGUGAUCGAGCCCAGCAAGAGCAUUAAAACUGGCACGCCUGACGCACAAUCAUUCGAUACGUUACCGUGGAGUUUCGACAGCAGUAUGGACUUAAUGCCUUUCACAGACUGCACGGGUAUAUCAGAGUGGGAACAAAUGUGGAUGAAAGAUUGUCUCGAUUUUGCUAGUCCCCCACAAAGCAUGCUCGCACCGCAGUCAGCAUUUACAUCACCAUGCUUCACUGACCCUUGUGGUCUUUCGCUGUACUCACCCUUGCCCUACUUAACACAUGAUUUUGGUUGGCUUACAGGAAAUCCAAUUCAAAUGCCAUCCUUUUUGUGA